UAUAUAUAAAAUAAGGAAUAUACUGUAUAAAUAGUAUGUAUAUUAACAGAAAGAUAAAAAAGAAUAUGUUUGUGUACUUUAUAAAUAAAGUAGUGAUUUUCUUUCAUACGGUAGAUAAAUUAGUGGCGAUUAAAACUCGUUCGUGCGGAUAACAGUUGUUUUUAAAUCAAUUUGAGGUAGCGACGUAAUCCGUGAUUUGUUUACGUUUCUAAUCUAUGCUCGGGCGUUAUAAAUAUAUAUUUUUGACGGUCGCGCGCCAUUCACAGACCCCUCGUCCUCGACGGCACAAAUCAAAGCCGAACGGCCACCAUCCAACUCUUCAACAGCGUCCUCUUCUUCGGCAGCCUUCCUAAUGAAUUCAGGAGUAAAGAAAGAGUCAUCGACAAGUCAACACCAAACACCUCCGGCCGCUGUUGCACCGCAAGCGGUCGUCUCUCAGCUAAACGGCUUCUUCCCCCCUCCGGUCUCAUCUCUGGCGCCAGCCGCCCUAGUUCCGCCCGCUCACCAUCCAGCGGCAGCCCUAUUUUUUUCCCCUCACCUACCUCCGCUCUUGCCGCCUACUCAUUUCGGAUCGAUUGCACCAGCUCUACUGCACGAUCAUUUACUACGGCCUCCAACUCCGCCAACCUCCGUGCCGUCGACGGCUCCACCGCCGUCCCAAUCGCCUCCUAAUGACGCCCUCGAUACGGCCGACGUGGCGCAAAAAAUUAGAGAAAUACUCUCUACACACAAUAUCGGCCAGAGGUUAUUCGCUAAGCACGUACUAGGACUGUCUCAGGGUACGGUUAGUGAAUUGCUGUCGAAGCCGAAGCACUGGGACAAAUUGACAGAAAAGGGCAGGGAAAGUUAUAGAAAGAUGCACGCUUGGGCUGCUAGUGAGAAAAACGUUGUAGAACUGAAGGCUAUUUCUCCAAAGAAAGGUUCCUCACCUAUGAUGUCGAACUAUCGGAGCGAAGAUGCUGCAACAGAGGAGAGAAUUCAAAAAAUUUUGUCUGAGGCGCAUCAUGCAAUGCAGGCGAAGCAUUCGCAGGAGAAAGAACAAUGGAAUCGUUCAAUAGUUAGUUCUAUAUACGAACAAGAAUUAGCCAAAUUGGGCGAGAAUGGGAAAAUAACAAAUGGUGUUAACUCGUUAUCCGGCCAGCAAUACGACGCUGGUGAAUUUACAGAGCAACUUGUCCAAAGAAUUUAUCAGGAACAAUUAGAAAAGAUGAUAGCUCACGCUCGAAAGAGUGGAAAUGUGGCCCAAUUGAAUAUGUACCAAGCAGAAUUACUAAAAGUAGCCCAACAAGUUCACGCGAAAGGCAACAGUCCUCACGAGGAUAAUAAAGAGAAUUUAACGGAUACAAAAGAUGAACCAACUGAUCUGAGUAUCAAAAAGAAGGAGGAAACUCUCGCCGAUUCUUCUCCAGCUGAACGUCAGUCAGCUUUUUCAAUAGUACGUCCGGAGAGCUGCCAAAGCAACGAUUCAUCUUCUCACAACGCCAUGUCUCCUUUACAGAGAAUGCAAAAUAUUGCCAAUUCACUGAUGAAUAAAGGCCCAAACCAAGGCGGUACUGGAGGGCGACCCUUAAAAGCCGUACUGCCACCAAUAACUCAGGAACAGUUCGAUAAGUACUCGCAUAUCGGUACGGACGAGUUAGUAAAGUGCGUCAAAGAGACUCUUAGUCAAUUCUCGAUCAGCCAAAGACUUUUUGGUGAAAACAUACUCGGCUUAUCUCAAGGAUCCGUUUCGGAUUUGUUAGCAAGACCGAAACCUUGGCAUAUGCUAACACAAAAAGGACGAGAGCCAUUUAUCAGAAUGCAGAUGUUCUUAGAGGACACAGAAUCCAUAUCAAAGUUGGUAGCCAGCCAGUAUAGAGUUCCGCCUGAGAAACUAUUGAGAGGGUCAAUGGGUGACGAACCACCACCACCGCCACCGCCACCACCCCCUCCCCAGAGUACCUCGUCCCCUGCAGAAUCCGAUUACAGACAGUCGUCCUCUUCGGUUGCCGAUAGUGAAUUGGAUACUUUAGCCAUUACUUCGAAGGUGAAAGAGGUAUUAACGGCCAACAAUUUAGGUCAGAAACUAUUUGGUGAAGCUAUUUUAGGCUUGUCACAAGGUUCAGUUAGCGAACUACUAUCGAAACCAAAACCGUGGUCAAUGUUGAGUCACAAAGGGAGAGAACCAUUUAUAAAGAUGCAUAUGUGGCUUCAAGAUCCUGCAAAAUUUGACCGACUUCGCCUCUAUCAGUCGGAAACCCCAGCGGGCAAAAAUAGUCGAAAGCGUAAACAUCAAUCUGCGAUCAUCUCAUCGAAUAGCAACUGCUGUGACAAUAGCGCUUCAUCUUCUGAUAAUCAGAAAAGACCGAGAGUAUUCUUUACUGAACAACAAAAGGAAACUUUGCGCAAUGCUUACGCUUCCGAUCCUUAUCCAAGUCAAAAUGUUAUCGAAAAUCUGGCAAAUCAAUUAAACGUGGGUCAAAAGACUAUCGUUAAUUGGUUCCACAAUCAUAGAAUGAGAGCUAAACAACAGCAACACUCAGUAUCUAGUCCCGCGUCAUCUGUGUCUUCAUCAGCUAGAACAGCUGCCGUCGAUAGUGACGACGCUCCAAGCCCAGCCUCAACUGCUAGUUCGUCGGCUGGUGCUCUUACAAGGCCUUUAAAUGACGCAGCUCAAUGGCUAUUUCCAGAUUUCAUGCCCGUAAAAGCAGAAAAAGCUGAAGAGGAGGAGGAAAUUGACGAAGAAUCUUCAAAUAUGAACGUCACCGUUACAAAAUCCAACAAGAGAAAGGCUGCAAAGCCCAAGCGUGUCUACGAGCGAGCAGAGCCAGAAAGAAAUGGUGAGAGUUGGGAUGAUGAAGACGACGUGGGCUCCACAUCUGGUCUCACCGUUGUUGCUGCAUGCUAAAAAUAUGAAAUGUAAGAAAGAGCGGAGGAGGAGGAGAGGAGGAGAGGAAGAAGUAAUGAUAAUUAUGGACAAGACAUAAGAAGAGGAGGUUAAGUAAAAGUUGUUUUAGGAGAACUGGAGGGAGAAAUGUGAACCACAAAUGAUAAAACCGAAUAUUUCAACUCAUGCAUUUACUUAUUAAGGAGUAACGGUUUAAAAAAAAAUGGCGUUCUAUUUUCAAGACCCCAAAAACGGAGGGGAGGAAAAAGAGAAGGCAUUAUUCGUAUUUUUUUAAAGUCAAUCGUAGUCGUUCAAAACACAAAGGAAAAAGAAAUGCACUGAUGAAGCUCAUCGUUGUGGCGCCUUGUACGAUAUCGUUCAAGAAAGUGUUGUUCUAAUCAAGAUAUUUUUUUGGCUUUUUUGAUAAAAUUGGAAUUUUGGACGGUGUUUCCCAGCUUACUAGGAACCCGCCCCCCCGCCCCCAACAAACAAAAUCCCCUGCCCACUUUUAUAAACCGCCCCCAACUUAAAUACCCAACCCCAUAAAACUGUUUUAAUCAGUUUUAGAAAACAUUUAUCCUUGAAAAGUUUUGGAAAAACAGAAAAGUUGGGUCGCGAAAAAAUAUUAUUCUUGGCUUAUUCUUAUUUUUUUUUAAAGAAAAUACUUCGCGAUGUUUAUUAAUGAUUUAAUUUCUUCUUUGGGAUUGCUAUGUAAUUUUUUUCAUUAUUUGUGUCAGUAUUACCGGUAUUUUUCCUCCCGUUUAUAUAUAUAUAUAUAUAUAUAUAUAUAUAUAUAUGUAUAUAUGUAUAUAUGUUUACUCUUUACGACGUCAAUUUGUGACAUAAAGUUUACAAAAAGGUAUAUAUAUACACGUACAGGAUAAUUGAUAUAUUCAUAUGUAUAAUUUAUGCGUAUAGAACGCGUAUAGAAAAAAAAACCUUAUACAUAUGUUUAUAUUAAAAGAAAGUUUUAAAAAAGGUUAUAUUUUAAACGUAUAAACAUGCGUUUAUAUUUUAAAAAUUUACAUAUUAUAUAUAUAUAUAUUGAGCUGGCGCUGAAAAUAUUUCAUAUUUGCUCUACGAAUGGAUGGAACAAUGUUCUCCUUUUUACACUGCUGGUGUACGUCUGCUGUUUUAAAGUAUGCGUGCCUUCUUAAUUGUUGUUAAACAGAUAAAACGUUACACGUUACAUAUAUAUUAUGUAUUUAUAUAAUUUAUUCGUAACAAACCAUUUAUUUUCCUUUGAACGUUUUUUAUAGCCAAAAAAAACAAACAAAACAAAUGUAACAAACGUUUCAGAUAUUUUUGAAGGUUAAAACGAUGUCGAAGUUGAUGAUUUCUUACAAACAGAAAGGGCAACAGCUAUUUAAAAAAAAAAAGAAGAAAAAGCAAUCAUUACGACAAUAAAGAUAAUUAUCUCUCUUUUUGGGACCAGAUUUAAAUGAUAAAAGGCAGAAGUUGAUAUAUUGCAAAUUAUUCAGUUUUUGAAUUAGUUGAAUAGUUAAAAAAAAUAGAUUUACAUAUAAAGGAAACAAAAUGAGCAAAGUGAGAAAGAUUUAUUAGAAAGGAAAAAUAUUCUCCUUCUUCUGUACUGAAACGUUUUCUACUAUUGUAGGUUUUAUGAUAUGUACAUAUAUGUGUAUACGAAUAUGUAUGUAUCGUAUUUUCACUUGUGCCUCUUCACAUUUUGUGGGUUUUUUUUAAUUAUUUUUGAAUAUUUUAACUGUAAAACUGUAAAACACUUAAACCUCUCUCGCUUUGAUUCCCAAUUUUUGAGCACAAGGCGGACGAAAACAAGAAACGAACGGUUUUUUGGGAUCACGAACACAACUGUUUAAUUAUUUAAAAUUUAUUUUCUUUUUUGGGGUGUUCUUUUCACCUCCUGGGAGAGAAGAAGACCGAAAGGAAAUGACGAUGGCCUUAUAAAAAAAAACAAAAAAAGAAAAGCUAAAGGACGAUGAUGGUUGAAAGGAUCGCAACUAUGUAGACAGGGUUAGGAUGAAAUAUUUAUCUUUUUCUUUUUAACUUUUGUCUUGUAAGAUCAUCUCUUCUGUUUUUUUUUUGGUAUAGAAAAUAAUUUAAAUUAUUGAAUUGUUGUAGACGUAUUGGAAUAUUAACUUUGGCCUAUGUUAAAUUAAUUAGAUUCGUCUUUCGAAGCUAUAAAAAAAAAAAAAGAAAGACGUAUAUACAAAAUACGAGUAAAGCAGGAAGGAUGGAAUAUAAAAUGUAUCUAAAAAUGAAACAAAAGAUUAUUAGAGUAGGGUUUUCAAAGAAACAGCUUAUCAACAGUCUAACAAUAAAUAGUCUGGUUAAUAUUCCAAUAGUUUUAAAACUGAUAUAACGAUUGUCCGCCGGUUUUUAAUUUGUUUUUAAUUGUCCUAUUAUGUAGUCAUUUUUAACACUUAAAAAUUGUAACAAUUCAUCGAACAUCCACGCACGCAAAUAGCCUACAUACAAACACACACACACACACACACACACACAUGAUAUAUAUAUCCAUUCAUUCAUUCGUAAUAUACAGCAUAUAGAUGUUUUAUCUUAGUAUUUUGCAAUUGCUUUCUUCUUAAUUAUUAUUGUUAUUAUUAUUAUUCGCUUUAAAAACAUGUAACUUAAAUAUCUUUGUAAAAGUGAAAUCUUGAUAAAAUUCGACAUAAGUGUUGUGUUCAAUCGGUGCCUCCUCGUAUUUUUCUACUAUUCAACGCACGUGUUGUUGCUUUAUGGUGCUAUUAAUUGAAAGAAAGGGAUGGGAAAAAAGUGAGUGAAAAAGGGAGAGAGACGGACGGACAGACAGGGAGAGGGGGAGAGAAAAUAAUAAUUAGUUAUUCAUUUCUCUCUCUCUCUCUCUCUUUCUCUCUCUCUCUUUCACGCUUUCUCUCUUUCUUUUUUUUUUAAGUUUUUUUGUAAAAAAGAAAAAAGUUGCAUAUUAUUUUUUCUUUUUAUUUUUAUUUUAGAAAGGAAAAUGUUAUUAUUUUUUUCUUCUUUUUUUUUGUAAAUUUAUAUUGCCAUUU